UGCACACUAUCUCCAGUAGCCGAGUACAUUAUGGGCUAAACACCUCUCUUCAACAACUUUAUUGUUCCAAGGAAGGAGAACAAAAUGAAAGCAGAUUAAAAACAUAGGAUGGUCGCUGUUCCGGUUCCCGAUUGUCCAAUUAUUAAAGCUGAUAAAGCCGUAAUCUGACAAGACACCCACGGAAGAGGCUUUAAAAGCAUCACGGCCUGCAGGGCAACCUACUGUGUGGGUUUUAUACACUAGUCUUCAGAACGUUCAACUAUGAGUGAAACUUGGGCCAGCAAAGUGAAGCAAACUACCUCAAGAAUUCCUCACAGUGGUUCAGUCAUCAGCAAUAAGGCACAACUGUUACGGGAUCACAGAAAGGAUGGCAUUUCACAGAUUCACUUAACACCUAAUACAUCAGCUGCAAAAGAGCCUGAAGAAAUGGUGGCAAAUAAAAAGAGAAAGAAGAAGAAAAAAAACAAGCAAAGUGCAAACAAUAAUUGUCAGGAAGCACAGACCUCUCCAAACGAACAAAUUAUUGUUCAAGAGCUACCAAGAAUUCAGGAUGAUGAAGAGUUUCCUGUUCUGGCAUCUCCGUUCGCUGGCCUUGGAAGCCGACAUGAACCCUUUAAGAGCCAUAGCUAUAGCCAAUCUUCUCGUCAAGGAAAGGACACAGGAAAACCCAAAGGCAGCGGCAAAAAGAGUAAAGCACCCGUCCAGCUAGAUUUGGGUGGCAUGUUGGCAGUACUAGAAAAGAAGCAAAAUACGGAGAAAACAAAGCAGUCCACUAAGCCUGUAGUGUUUUCUGUUGGAGGUGGUAUGCCUGUGGUAACCAGAGAAGCAGCCACUACAACAAAACACCAGCAGUUGAAACCAGGCCCAGGACCACACAACCCACUUGAUUCUAGUGCUCCAAUGGUCAAGAAGGGAAAGCAGAGAGAAGUUCCCAAAGCCAAGAAACCAACAUCCCUUAAAAAGAUUAUUUUGAAAGAGAGAGAGCAGCGGAAGCAGCUUAGAUCAUUGACACAAGAAACCACAGCAUCAGGUGAAGAAGGAAGUUCUUUGCCAUGUGAACCUAAGACACUCUCUCCUGAUGCUCCACCUUUUGUCCCUGAGACUGAAAAGGUGAAAUACUUGACAAACACCACUAAUGUUGAGGAACAACCAGGGGAUACCACCAAUGCUGUCGCUUCCCUUUCACAUGAGAACCCUGCAGUCCCCAAAAUUCACAGCAGGAGAUUUCGAGAGUAUUGCAGCCAGGUGCUCAGUAAAGAAGUGGAUAAAUGCGCGACAUGCCUUCUUCAGGAGCUUGUGCGAUUUCAGGAUCGCAUGUAUCAGAAGGAUCCAGUGAAAGCAAAAACAAAGAGGCGUUUGGUGAUGGGUCUAAGAGAAGUUCUAAAACACCUGAAACUUGGAAAGCUAAAGUGUGUCAUAAUUUCUCCAAACUGUGAAAGGAGCCAGUUUAAAGGUGGAUUGGAUGACACUCUGCAAACAAUCAUUGACUGUGCUCAGGAACAGAAUGUCCCCUGUGUAUUUGCUCUUAAUCGCAAAGCUCUGGGCCGUAGUGUGAACAAAGCUGUACCAGUGAGUGUCGUUGGGAUUUUCAGCUAUGAUGGUGCCCAGGAUCAUUUCCACAAAUUGUGUGAACUCACUUUCGAAGCUAGGAAACUCUAUGAAGAAGUAGCUGCUGCUAAUUUGACUUAUGCUGAUACACCCGAGACUGACCCUGAGCCCAGUCAGGAACCACAGCCUUCUCCUGAAAAGAAG